CUUCAUUCUUCUUGUCCUGCUUUCUGUCUCUCCUUGUUUUGGUAAACCACUUUUGGCUGCCAUUACUCUGAAAGUCUCCUCUCCCGAAACCUACUUGACUCACUUCUCUUUCUAGGAGUUUCCACAGGGACAAAAUUGUAAAAAAUUAAAGUUUUUGUUAUAUGAAGAUGUGUCCCUCUAGUUCUUGCUCUUCGUCUUCUUGCUCUAGUUCUGAUGUUGUUCUUCCUGGCCAUCACGAUCAUCAGUCAAUCGAGCCGAAGAUCAAACGGCAGAGAAAAAGCCAAACGAAAGAGAAAUACAAGACUACUCCAAACUUGUCAGGAAAACGAAGCUCCGUUUAUAGAGGAGUAACCAGGCAUAGAUGGACUGGGAGGUUUGAAGCUCAUCUCUGGGAUAAGACUUCCUGGAACAACAUUCAGAACAAGAAGGGGCGACAAGUUUAUUUGGGGGCUUAUGAUAGUGAAGAAGCGGCCGCGAGAACUUAUGAUCUCGCUGCUUUGAAGUAUUGGGGACCAGAAACGACUUUGAAUUUCCCUAUAGAGACCUACACAAAGGACCUCGAAGAGAUGCAGAAGGUAUCCAAAGAAGAAUACUUGGCAUCUCUACGACGACGUAGCAGCGGCUUCUCCAGGGGCGUUUCUAAAUACCGCGGCGUUGCCAGGCAUCACCACAAUGGACGGUGGGAGGCUCGAAUCGGAAGAGUUUUUGGAAAUAAAUAUUUAUACCUGGGAACAUACAAUACACAAGAAGAAGCCGCAGAAGCUUAUGAUAUGGCAGCCCUUCAACACAGAGGCCCAAAUGCAGUAACUAACUUUGACAAGAGUAAUUACCUUGAUCGCUUAAAGGAGAAAGGCAUCUCGCCCUAUCAAAACUCCACCGACCAGUCCGAAGAACCCGAACCCGAAGUCGAACAACCGCAAACCCAACAACAGCAAGAGGACGUCGACGUAGAUGCCAACGUUAACGUCGAUGCCAUUGCUUUGCAGCAACCAGUCUUACCUGAAUACAUGAACACAACGGAGGAUCUUAAUGAGCUGACAUGGAAUUUCUGUCUCGACAAUCCGGGGCUAAACCAGCUUCCGGUGCCCCAUUUUCCGAUGGGAAAUGGCCCCUGCGAUCUCCUUCCCGACGUAUUUGACGACAUCGGAUUCGGGGACAUUGACUUCUUGUUCAACGACAUGAACAACAACAACAACACCGAGGAGGGGACAAACAUCUUGGAAAGUGUGUUGGCUGAGGGAACUUGGAGGAAAAUAUUAAUGGCGUUGAGACAGCUGAAGAAGUUAGGUUUCUGUCUUCGUCUUCGAUAUCAAGUUCUUCAGUAUCUUGUUCUUCAACAACCUCGGUUUCUUCUAACUACUAACAAAAUCUAAGUGGAAAUGUUUGGGGUGGGGAGAUUAUUGGUAGGUGUUAGUGGUUUGAUUGAUGAGCUUCUUGUUGGGACUUCUUGUGGGUUGGUGACAGAAAGAUUGUUUUAUUUCUUUUUUUUUUUUUAUCUUGAAUUUCUUAAACUUUAAAAAAAGAAGAAGAUCAAAGAAAAUAUAUAUAAUAUUCACCUCCAAGUUUUCUUCUCUGUUUUUUUUUUCCUCUUGUGUGUAUUUUUUUUUUUUUAACCACUCCCGUGGUAUGUGAACUGAUUGAAUCAGCUGCGACAGUUGUUAAGUUUCAUUCUUUCACAAGUCUUCCAGAGAUAAAUCUGUGGCGACCCUUACAUUUCUUCGGUGUAUACGAUGGGCGUGGAUUACCUCUGCUGCUGCUGAUGAAGAUGUGUGAAAUCUGCAGUCUUUGAAGCAAAAGAAGCACCCAUAGCCAUGGCUGUUGAAAUAUUGUCAAGUUCCAUUUUACAGUAGUUGUGAAAACGAAGAAUGACGGCUAGAGUGAGAAGUAGUGGGUAAAUGGACAGGAUCUGUGAGUGGGGAAUUUUUUUUUUUUUUUUUUGUGUAGAUAAAAUUGACUGCAUAAUUAGAUGACGGAAGGAAAAAUGAAUGGUUGGGUUCCGCCUAAAUUUUUGUAUAGCAUUAGAUAUGAAUUUUAGUGGCAGUGGUGAAACUGUCGAGUUUUUUUGAUACGAGGAAAUUGAGUUACGUGGAGGUGGGUUGGCGGCGGCUGUCUAGGGACUGUGUAAGGACUAUCUGCAGUGGAUUCUGCGAUAAAAUUUAUGGAUAUUGAAUUUUUUAUUUUUUA